AUGCAAAAUAUAGGUAUUCACACUUCUUCAGUAUACGAUGCCGUCACUGAGUCGACGCCUCCACCCCGCCCUGCAUCGUCCUUUUACCAAACACCCCUCUCCAUUAAUACGGGCAGUUUUGCGAACUCGACCGAGCACCGAGACUUAUACAUUGGCAUACUAGGUUUCUUUGAAGCAUUCUUCGGAGAUUUACCAGAUCUAAGACCGAUGGCACAAGCUGUGUUUGACAAGUGCAAGGAAAGAGAUAAACCACUCUUCCAGGUAGAGAGCGGUUGGCAGAGCUGGCCUGAGGCGGCGAAGGAAAAGGAAGCUUUGAGCUGGUUUGCCCCACUUACAGAGCGGCUGUUGGGCCUUGCAGAUGGGUAUCAGUCGGUAUCUGGGAUACGCCAGCGAACACUAGCACAGCCGCAUCAGCCUCUACAAGGCUCCACUGCCGAUCGCAAGUUGGACAUUGGCUUGGUAGACGAUCCGAACGCCGGCGUGAACUCGAAAUGUCAAUGGUCACAUAGCCUUGUACCCGGAGAGCUCAAGAGCAACCCGUCAGCCGACAAAGCGUUCAAGGCGUGGCUCGGCCUUGGCCGAUACGCGAGGGAUGUGCUCGCUGCCCAAGACAGCCGCCGCUUUACAUUCGAUCGACUCGGAGGCAUCGCUUCUAAGCAAUGCGACGUCCACAAGGAUGGGCUGCAGUUCGUGUCUACAGUGCUCGGGUUUCUCUGCAUGAACGAGGAGCAGUUAGAAUUCGACCCCACAAUCAUUACCAUUGGAGACAAGCGGUGUAUUGAGAUCGAGCGGGAAUGUGGAAAAGAGCGCCUCGUCAUUGACAGAUUGAUAAAGCGGGUGCCUUGCAUCGCUGGUCGAGUGACAACCUGUUGGAAAGCCUACAAAGAAAAGGAUCCCGACGCGCCGCUUGUUGUCAAGGAUUCAUGGCAGUAUCUAGAGCGCGAUGAGGAGGGCGAGUUGCUGCGUGAGGCAAUUGAGGUGGACGUGGUUAAUGUGGCGAGAUACUAUCAUCAUGAGACGGUUCUUGUAGGCACGCAGGACAACUCCAUCUGCGGGAACGUGCGACAAGGUCUUGAUAUAACGAAAGCGACAAACUACAGGCCAGGAAGCAUAAUGCCAUAUCCAAGCACAGUUCGCUCCCUCUCAAGAAAAGGCCGAAGCAGCAGCGCUACCGGACGGAAGCGAUCCUCGAGUUGCACGAACGUAUCCUUACCGCCUAGCAAGCGAAUUUAUUCUAGCUCUCCUGUAAAGGGAGGAAGAACAACAGUGGAUCGAGGGCACCGCCGCGUUGUUGUCCGAGACUACGGGAAGCCUAUAUAUAUGGCGAGUUCCAGGGCUAGCCUUCUGGCUGCGCUAGAAGGCUGCAUCACAGGGUACGAGUCGUUGUAUACGCGGGCCGGCAUGCUACAAUGCGAUAUCUCGCCGAACAACCUUAUGGUGAACGAAGACGAGGACAAUCCCUCCUGGCAUGCCUUCUUGAUCGACCUAGACCUUGCUAUCAAGGACGAUCGAGAGAAACCAUCAGGGGCACGAGGGAAGACUGGCACGCGAGCGUUCAUGGCGAUUGGAAUACUUUACGACGAUAAGCAGCAUUCUUUCAUGCACUACCUAGAAUCUUUUUUCUGGGUGCUGUUUUGGAUAUGCAUUCACUAUAACGGAUCGCAGGGAAGAAACUAUGCAAACACAGAGGAGCUAGCUAAGCUACAGCUGGGCACAGUAUCAGAUGAUGAGAUUUUUCGUAAAACUAUCCUAAAACACUUCACAGACUAUUACCAGCCACUUAUACCUUGCGUUGAUAGAUUGCGGAGAAAGAUAUUCCCUGGAGGCGGAAGGUGGAGGGUCCCGAAUCCGAGGCUGUACUUGGAUAUGAAGGAGAUCCUAAGAGCAGCACGGGAUGACUUGAAGGAGGUCUGUUCUAAGCCUGAGGGAAUAAGCCUCCUGUGA